AGCAGGAUGAUUUCGGAAGUCCGCAAAACCAUUUCGUCUGGCAAUGUAUCGAAAAAUGCAUCCGUUCUGAUCAGGAGAAGAAGCUUCAUCAUGCAUCGAGAUCAUGACCCCCAAACACACUAUUCAGCGCUUGUGUCGUUGCAGUGCGCAAUCCGUACGUGUGUGUGUGUGUGUGUUGUUUGCAGUUACCGUGGCCAUCAUGGCUCAGAGGAAGUCUGCCGGCUGCCGCCCCAAAGCGCCCAUCAACCAAGACAACGCCCGUUUCUUCCUUCUCGCUGGCCUCAUUCUUCUCUACCUGUUGUGCGGGGCCGCCAUCUUCUCUGCCCUGGAGCACCCCUUUGAGCUCCGUGCCCGCCGCCUGUGGAGACAGCAGCUCGAUAACUUCACCCGGAGGUACGGCGUCCACCCGAGGGCCCUGCACGCCCUGUUGCGGCAGUACGAGGAGGCCAAUGGAGCCGGGAUACGGGUGGACACGUUGAGGCCACGCUGGGACUUUUCUGGAGCCUUUUAUUUUGUUGGUACAGUGGUCUCCACUAUUGGAUUUGGAAUGACCACCCCAGCAACCAUAGCCGGAAAGAUCUUCCUAAUCUUUUACGGUCUGAUCGGCUGCGCCGCCACCAUCCUCUUCUUCAACCUCUUUUUGGAGAGGAUCAUCACAAUGCUGGCCUACAUCAUGCGCUGGUGUCACGAACGUCGCCUUCGGUACGGCGGGGUCGGCGAUGCGUCCAACCGGCAGGAGCCAUCCGGGGAGGAGGACAGCCUCGAAGGCUGGAAGCCUUCCGUCUAUUACGUGAUGCUGAUUCUGGGAUUGGCCUCGAUCGUGAUUGCGUGCGGGGCUUCUACUCUUUACUGCUCCAUGGAGAACUGGAGCUAUGUGGACUCUCUGUAUUUCUGCUUCGUGGCCUUCAGCACCAUCGGCUUUGGGGACCUGGUAAGCAGCCAGAGGCAGCACUACGAAUCGCAGGAGGCCUACCGGCUCGGGAACUGCCUGUUCAUCCUGAUGGGAGUAUGCUGUAUUUACUCCCUCUUUAAUGUCAUUUCCAUUAUCAUCAAACAAACUCUCAACUGGAUCUUGGAGAAGUUGGCGUGUCCGCGGGACCGUCGCCUCUGCUCUUGUUCGGCAAUUGGAUGCCGGUGCCUCUGCUGCCCAUGCCUGCACAACAGAAAACACAAGCAGAGGCAUCCGCCGACUCAAAAGCGAUGGAAGCGCAACAUGGUUCGGCCGCUCUCGUCGCACUGUCCGGCAGGACGGCAACGUUACGCGGACGGCUCGGUGGAGACCGUGUACGACAGCGAGGCGGAUGGCGGGGCAGUAACGGACGGGGUGUACGUAGGCCGUCGGCUGUCGGGAGAAAUGAUCUCCGUCAAUGAGUUCAUGGUGUCCAAUAAGGUGUCUUUGGCACUGUUGCAGAAGCAAUUAAGCGAAACUGCCCACCAGGGGCCACGGCAGAGUUAUGGUCACCAGAAUGGAUUUUCCGAGGGGGUGGGGGCAUUUGCCAUUAUGAAUAACCGGCUACAGGAAACCAGUGUGGAUAGGUAGUAAUUCAAAUCAUUGAAUUACCGGUAAUAUAUUUUUCGUCCCUUCGGUAUUGUGAUUAAGAGUUAAUGUGUGAUUAUUUUUUA